AUGACGGGUUCGAAGGAAGCUGUGAGAUCUGCUAGCGUUAUUGCAGCAGCCCUUGGUGGAGAGGCAAAUUUCUAUUGCAACUUCUCACUCUCACUGGAUGUUUUACAAGUCACCUGGCAGAAGAGAAAUGGGUCUUCCUUCCACAUAGCCACCUACAGUGCAAACCACGGGCUGAGACUGAUAGGGUCAUUUCAGAAGAAGGUAUAUUUCACUACAGCAAGCCUGAAGGCUUCAGCUAUCACACUCAAAAACCUCACAUUUGAGGAUGAGUCCUGUUACAGAUGCAUUUUCAAUGUGUUCCCCCAUGGCUCUUUCAGCAAAGACAUAUGUCUCAACAUCCAAACAAUUUCUGACCUAACAGUGGAAUAUGAUUCCCACCUGUCUACCGAGGGUCUCUCCACUGCAGUUUGCUCAGCAACAGGAAAGCCUGCCCCCAAAAUCACCUGGCUGCAUGAAAGCGAUCUGGAUGAGUCCUCUGACGUACACCACGUCCAAAAUGCAAACGGAACAGUAACGGUGACAAACAGGCUUACCUUCUCCGCCAACCACCUCCAUGUCUUGGCCUGCUUUCUUGACCACCCACAAGGAAGGAAAACAAAGGUAGUUUCCCUGGAAAAAGGUGUUCAGAAGAGCAUAAUCAUCACGGCAGUCUUAAUAGCUGUGGCAUUCUUAACAAUCUUGAUACAUUGCAUUGUGAUACUAAUCAACAAAAAACUGAAAAGACAUAGUGUACCCAAAACACCUGCAAAGGAGAAAGGUCUUGGUGUAAACCCAAGUGAGAAAGCCAUAAGCCUACACAUGCUGAAGGAUCAGCAUGAUUAUCAAAAUGAGGAGCAGACACCAGGCUCUUCACGUCGUAGAAGGCUACCAGGUCAAAAGAGAAACCUGAGAGAGAAAAAAAAUUGCAGGCGUUUGUUUUCAGAGGAAGCGGAGAGCAAUGUCCACAGUGUGUUUGAGGGGGAAUCCGUUGGGUUAUUCAUCAGGGAGCUUGGCUGCAUGCCCAUGAAGGAGAUCAGAGAGGCAAAGGCAG